AUGAGUUCGCUUAAUAUUAUAUCCAAUGCCUCCAAUCCCUUUACGCCCUUAACUCCGACGCCCAGGUCGUACAUCACAAAGCUCCGUCAUAUGCAUAUUCUUGAUACGUUGGCUUUUGACGCGUUGAAAGCAAGAAUUGCGGUUUUUCAACUACUUCUUUCUCAGAAUAAUCCAAGUGACGAUUCAUUAAGUGCUUUUAAAAAGCAGGCAAAAAAAGCAUGGGAGCAGUUUGAAAGUGCCAAGCACAAUUUGCUGACUAACGAUCUUUUUAUAGAAAUAUCGAAUUUUGAUAUCUUCAUGAAAGAUCUUGUUAGUUCAAUAGUACAUCGUUGCAAUCUUGCAACCUUUUCUCAUAUAAUGUUUCAACAAUUGAUUCCAUCUCUUGAAAGUCUUUAUAUUACAGCGGAUUCAUUUAAAUAUAUUAUACCCGAUAACUGGAAUUUUAUUGAAUGGGAACUAUAUCUGGACCUUAAAACACAAUUAUACAUCCGUGCAUCAAGCGUAUCCAAUGACAAUUAUUUGGAUAAGAUUUUCCCGCUUAAUGCUGAACAACCGUCAAGUCGUCUUACCCAAUAUUUAGAAAGGAGAGAUGCGUUGGCAAAUAAUGAUUCCAUCAUUUUACCUUCAAAAUAUCCUCGCAAAACGUUUAUGAGUAAUAUUUUUGAUUAUAUAUGUAAUCUUUCGGAGAAAUUUGAUCUCCCAAUAAUUGUUUUGGAGACUAAAGAAGCUCUAAGUUCUCAAAUGGAGUACAGCCGCGAAAGUUCACAAAUUACAACGCAGGAUCAAAACAUUGAGAAUGAUUAUGGUACUCCUCUUAUCGAUUCAGAUGGUUUAUUAAGGCCAACUUUCCGGGCAAAUAAGUAUGUUGAAUCAUUUCGUAGAUUCCAUAAAUACUCUGAGCAAGAAUUAAACCAACAAUUAGAACAACUUAAAAAUCGUGCGAAUGAUGAUCACGAAAUUACAGUUCAAUCAGCUGACAUAGAGAUGGAUGAUUUUACGUCAAUGGAUCCAUUAACUGGCUCGUCAUCCAAUGUUAUAAAUAACAAGAACACACCAAAAUCAAAAGCAGUUGUUGAGAUUGUUGAUAGACAAUCGUCGAUAAUUACAGAUCCUGGGUCACCGGAAGUUCUACAAGACGAUGAGGUGGUAAUUGAAUCAGAAAACAGGAAAAAUUCUCCUAAAAAACGAAAAUCAGGGCAGGCACGACAAGGUGGUUGGACUCAAAGAGAACUAAAUUUCCUGAUUAAAGGAAUGGAAAAGUAUGGAACUAGUUGGUCUAAAAUAGAACGAAAAUAUGGAAAUCCUGAAGGUCCGCUAAGCAGACGAACCCAAGUGAACAUGAAAGACAAAGCUCGAUCAGAAUUAGAUCGACGAUUAAGGUGUGGAUUGCCAUCAGGUGUAUUUAGUCUAGUAAAUGCGCACGCUAAAACUUCUUCAAAAAGAGCGAGGAUAACUCCGCAAGAAGAUAAUGAAGAGAAUGAGUAG